GCUCUGUCCCUGCCACCCCACAGCUCUGGCGGCCGCCUCCCCAAGCGGGGAUGAGUGCGCAGAGGAGGAGGAGGAUGAGCUGGAGCCGGGGCUGGAUGAGGCCGAGCCGGAACCUGACAGUGGGGCCAGGGCAGCGGGGGGACCCCGGGGGGCCGUGCUGACACGUCGGGGCAUCACUCUGCGCGUGCUGCUGCGUGACGGGCUGCUGGAAGCGGGGCGGGGGGUCCUUUCCAUCUACUACCUGGGCAAGAAGUUCGUGGGGGACCUGGGUGCGGACGGGGCCAUCACGUGGCAGGAGACGGGGCAGGUGUUCGGCUCACCCAGCGCCUGGGCCACGCACUGCAAGCGCCUGGUGAACCCUGCCAAGAAGUCGGGCUGCGGUUGGGCCUCCGUGCGCUACAAGGGGCAGCGCCUGGAUCAGUACAAGGCUGCGUGGCUGCGGCGCCACCAGCCCCACGCGCCCAGCGAUGAGGCUCUGCCCAGCGAGGGCGAGGAGGAUGAGCUGCCCGAGGAGGAAGAGGAGGAGGCUGGGGACGGCCGAACGCCCGCACCGGAGCCAGCAGCCACCAAGAGAACGGAGGAGAAGAGCAAGAAGCUGCCGGGCCGCGGCACAGCAGAGCAGGAGCCCACCCCCCUGGCGAGGAGGCCGGAGAGCAAAAGCCGGGCGCCCGUCCGCUAUUGCAUGCUGGGCACACGCGACGCAGCCAGGAACCCACAGACCCUGGUGGAGGUGACGUCCUUCGCCGCCAUUAACAAGUUCCAGCCCUUCAACGUGGCCAUCUCCAGCAACGUCCUCCUGCUGCUGGAUUUCCACAGCCACCUGACGCGCAGUGAAGUCGUGGGCUAUCUGGGAGGCCGCUGGGACACCAACACGCAGCUGCUGACGGUGCUGCGCGCGUUCCCGUGCCGGAGCCGCCUGGGCGACGCUGAGACCGCAGGUGCCGUGGAGGAGGAGAUCUGCCAGAGCCUGUUCCUGCGGGGGCUGUCGUUGGUGGGUUGGUACCACAGCCACCCCUUCGGCCCCGCGCUGCCCUCCCUGCACGACAUCGACGCGCAGAUGGAUUACCAGCUCAAACUGCAGGGCAGCGGCAACGGCUUCCAGCCCUGCCUGGCCCUCAUCUGCGGGCCCUACUAUGCUGGUAACCCCGGUGUGGAGUCCAAGAUUGCGCCCUUCUGGGUGAUGCCACCGCCUGAGCAACGGCCCAACGACUACGGCAUCCCCAUGGAUGUGGAGGUGGCCUACAUCCAGGAUGGCUUCCUCACCAACGACGUCCUGCAGGAGAUGACGCUGCUGGUGGAGUUCUACAAAGGAGCCCCGGACCUGGUGAAGUUCCAGGAGCUGUGGAGCCAGGACCAGACCUACCUGGAUAAGCUGAAGGGCUCCCUGGCCUCUCGCAGCCCCAAGGACCAGAGCUUUGCCCACAUCCUGGAGCAGAUCUACGGCCUGCUGAGGUACAGCAGCUGAGCAGGAGCUGCAAUGGGAGCAGGGGCUGCAAGCAGCACCGCAGGGACGCAGCAUCGCCCUGGGAAGCUGAAGGAAGGACCGGAGGCAGCAGCUGGGGGCACAGGGCAGCGGGGCUCCUGGGGGCCCAAGGCUCCGCAGUGUAACAGAGCACAGAGAAAUAAAGGAGGAAUCCCAGUCUCACCUCUUCCACACACACGCGGCUCUCUGCCCCACAGCUGCCCUCAGGGCCGAAAGCAGAACUUGUCUCGAUUCCACAGCCAGGCUGCCAAAGACCCCGGGAAGAAGGAAGCGUUUGUUCACCAUCAACUGCUUUUAUUGUUCUGGAAAAAUGGAAUGUUUCACUAACAGAAACUUCAAUGCCGACCAAGAACACGUUCAUAACAAAGAAAGGAAACCAAUCAGCUGAACUGAUAGAGCGUUUGGCUACGAUGUGGCAGCAGUCUCGCUUUUUCGUCAUCACAAAUUCAAGUUGCUCAAUAAAACUCACCCCCAUUGGCGUUUUGUAUUAAAAAUA